CGGAGUCGGAGAGGGGUCAUAACAAGAUGUGUGUCCCCGACUGAAGCAACAUUAUUUCCACCCUGGUCCGGAGCCGUCCUGAGUCUUUCUGAGAGGAGCUUUUUAAAUGGACUCUGAAACGAGUCCGAGCUGAUCGCAGAAGUGACUGACAGAAGAACAGAAGCAGAGGAUGGAUAGGAACUUUUCCCCGGCUGCUAUCUUCUCAGUAGUCCUGCUUACCGUGGCGUUGUCCCCCUCAACAGCUUUCCUGGAGCCUUACGACCUUUUAUAUGACAAUGCGGUUCAGGCGUUUUACAACAACGACUACCCAAAUGUGGUCCGUUACAUGGAGGGAGCGCUCAGCAGCUACAGGGAAGUCCGCCAAACCAAGGUCCGGUGCCGGCUGAGGUGCCAGGACCAGCAUCCCUUUGAUGCCACCUUCUCGGAGCUGCGCUUCCCUGACGUGGUGCUCCGGAGAGCGGCGUGUAUGAACACAUGCAUCGAGGAGAUACUUGGCAGUCAAUCUCUGCACAAAGUCAGCGAGGAUGUAGUGCAGGACUUCCACAGGAGGAUCCCCUACAACUAUCUUCAACUGGCUUAUAAGAAGUUGAAGCAGCCUCACAAGGCAGCGGCGGCGGCUCACACUUACUUCCAGGCCAACCCAGAGCAUGUGGAGAUGAGUCAGAACCUGGAGCAGUACAAAGACCUGCAGGGCGUGGAGGAGGACCACUUUGUGGACCGAGAAGCCCGGCCUCACCAGCGCUCCUUUGCUGGAGCAGUGAGCUUGUAUGAUAAAGGCGAACAUGAGGCAGCCAUCGCUCUGUUCGAGGGCGCUCUGAGGGAGUACUAUCAGGCCGACUCCGAGUGCCGGGCCCUGUGUCAAUGGCCCCAGAGGUUUGAGGGGCACGACUACCUCCUCUACCGCUACAGCCUUUAUGAACUCGUUUCAGAUCACUUCACUCAGGUGCUGCACUGUGAACACGAGUGUAUUCGAGACCUCGCCACCCGGCCUGGCCGCCUCUCUCCCAUGGAGAACUUCCUGCCUCUGCACUACGACUACCUGCAGUUUGCCUACUUCCAUGUGGACAGGUUGGAGGAGGCGCUGCAGUGCUCUCUGACCUACCUGUUAUUCCACGAGGAAGAAGAGUCCAUGAUGGACAACGUGGAAUACUACAGAGAGGAGCUGGGACACGAUGGCAAGCCAAGAGAGGAUGCAGCAUGGUACCUGAGGAGGCACAAACAGGAACUGGAGCUCCUUUUGAUUGGCAGCAACACCAUGGGUGUAGAGUUUACAGAAGGGAAUUAUUGGAGCAGCACAGGUCGAAGAGAGGACUCAAACAGGAUUCCUUCUGGUACAGACGGCUGGAUGGAGUAUGUUCCCAUCUCAGAGAAGAAGAACAUCUCUGCUCUUUCUCCACAGCAAUUCAAAGAAGGUGGCCCCUUGCUGUUUGACAAGGUGCAGCUGGUGCAGGACUCUGCGGCCCUGAACGGGACGCAGCGGGUGCUGCUGGAUGAUGUCAUAUCUGAGGAGGAGUGCUCGGACCUCAGAGACCUGGCACAUGCUGUCACCAAAGCAGGAGACGGCUACAGAGGGAGGAUGUCUCCACACACUCCCAACGAGAAGUUUGAAGGAGCCACUGUGCUCAAAACCCUGCAGUACAGCUAUGAGGGCAGGGUGCCGAUGAGGAGCGCUCGCAUGUUCUAUGACAUCAGCGAGCGAGCGAGGCAGAUCAUCGAGUCGUACUUCCUGCUCAACUCCACCCUACACUUCUCCUACACACACCUAGUGUGCCGGACGGCCAUCACAGGCCAGCAGGAUCACAGGAAUGACCUGAGCCAUCCCAUCCAUGCUGACAACUGUCUGCUGGACCCCGAGGCCAAUGAGUGCUGGAAGGAGCCUCCAGCGUACACAUACAGAGACUACAGUGCACUGUUAUAUCUCAAUGGAGAUUUUGAAGGAGGGGAGUUCAUAUUCACAGAAAUGGAUGCCAAAACAGUCACGGCAUCAGUGAAGCCCAAGUGUGGCCGGAUGGUGGGUUUCUCAUCCGGAGGGGAGAAUCCACACGGUGUGAAGGCCGUCACGAGCGGUCAGAGGUGUGCCGUCGCUCUGUGGUUCACUCUGGACCCGCUCUUCAGAGAACUGGAGAGACUUCAGGCGGAUGAGGUGAUCCAGGCGUUGGACACGCAGUCUGUUUGGGGUCCAGGCCUCAACAUCAACCCUAAAGAUGAACUGUAGAAGCUUCACCUCUUCCCCUUCUACCAAAUCCUUCUAAAUAUUUUAACUAUUUAUUGAAAAAGCCUUUGGAUCAGAACUUUUCUAUGUUUGUACUGUUUGAAGUGCAAAGUUAAUAGUAUUGUCAUUUUUGUGUUCUACCCACAAGUAUUUGAGUUUACCUUUUGUCUUUCCCUCCAGCGAGAGCUUCUUGUAGAGAAAGAAAUCCAACUAUUUCUGUUUUGUUUUGUUGUACCUGGUUUCAUUCAAGACUGAUCAUAUCUGUAACCUACUGAACUGUGAAGAAGCCAAACAGAAGAACGGCAGACAUUUAUUUAUUUUUUGCUCUGAGUUCUGAGUUGUUCUGGUUUUGGAAGACAUUUCUAAUGGGUUUUAUUCAUAAACACGAUGCAGAUAUUUACAAAAAAUAUCUUACUUUUAGUUGUAUGUGUUUUAAAAUAACUCACAAUUGGUACCGUUGCAAGUACUUUUAAUAAGUAACAACAUAAUGUUCUUCAAUAUUUUUUUGUGACGGUAAUAACUAUUUUCAAUGUAGAAAGCGUACUGUUUUUCUACUUUGGGUACCUGAUUUUAUAAUAGUGCUCAUACAAAGAGUUUGAGAAAGAGAUAUGUUUUUAUAUGCUGAAUAUUUAAUGAUCAUGCACUCUGUCCUUCUCUUCUGUGCCAAGUCUGAAACUGUAAAUGUCUUAUUUUCCUUUGUUGUUGCCGUGAAUAACCCCCCCUUACUCUCUGGGCACACAGAGCAGAAUAUACUGUUUUACAUGUUCACUGACAUAUUUUACUAUUAUUUAUGUGUUUUUAAUAAUAGACAGCUGCUGACGUAACUGUUGGCAUUUAAUAUGAGGAACUUUUUUCAUAAAAGAUGUCAAUCAUUCCUGUUUCAAGGAAUAAAUAUAUGUAUCUAUCUUUUUUUGUCUUUAUAAUUGUGUUGAGGAUACAGAUGAGGUCGAAUCGUGCACUGUAAACCCAAUGGAGAAAACGUACACAGUUUCUUUCUUUUUUUACAUAGAUACAAACUGCUAACCAGAAAUCUUAAACCGGUCGUGUUAUGAGGUUGGCCACUUUUGUUUCACUGAUAUUUAAUUCUGAAAUGCUGUAGCACACAAACAUUGAUAUGUCCAUGUCGAUAAAUUAAAAGGAUAAAAUUCCAUAUCUAUAUUGAA